CAAACCACGAUGACUGAAAGCGGCUUCGGGAAUCUUGUGCUCAAAGUUGUCAAGGGCCCAUUUGACUAUUUUCCCUACACGAUGACAACCGUACGAGACGGAAAGAGGCAAGUGUACGGGCUUACAGGCUCUCUCUUCGGGAAUAUCACGGCAUCGCUGAACAUCAGCUAUGACCUCUUGGAUAGUGUGGAUGAGUAUUGGGGAAACCUUCUUGACGAUGGCAAUUUCACCGGCCCACUUGGAAUGCUGCAAAGAAACGAAGCGGACGCAGCCGUGGGACCAUUCUCUCUGAAAGUGGACUACCUGCGCUAUAUCUAUGCUGCUGAGGCGCACAUCUACGAAGACGUACCAAUGCUGAGUGGAGUUAAGAGACCAUACUUGCCCGGCGCAUUCUCCUCCACCGACUCCUUCCCGCCAAAGACUAUGGUGCUACUCUUCGCUACAAUGGUCGUUCUUGUGCUCCUCUCUGCCGCGUCACUGCAUAAUGCCAGGGGCUGGACGACCACACUGCAGUCGGUCUUCUGGGUCUACGCUGCGUCACUGCUGCUCAAAUGUUAG